AUGAAAAAGUUUCAAUACAAUAUAAUACUUUUGGUGAUGGGUUUGGUAGUGGUAUCUAGUAGUAGUAAUUAUUUCGUAGAGGGUAGCGAUUGGUUCAUUCACCAAUAUCUGCCUGGACUUCAAAUGGUGUCACCCGACGAUUCAAGUGUAAUUAGAUAUCUGGCGUUUCCAGAGUUACUAUUUGAUUUCAAUUCACCAAUUCUUGGAUCUCAUAUGUUGUGUACCAACAACAGACCAAGCCAUCACCUACUGGACUUGAGUUUUAGUCCUGGAAAUGUACAUAAAUAUUUAUUCGAUUGUAACAUUACAAAUCCAUUUUUAUUAUCACGAUUUUUUUUAAACGAUUUACAUUUACGAUUAGAUUGGAAAACAAGAGAUGAAUGUCAAUGUUUGUUUCCAAAAACCAAUGAUACUGAUUUGAUCACUGGUAUUAUAUUAACAGUGUCAGUAACACCUUUAGGAUUCGCAAACGUAUAUUAUUCAAUAGAUUCAUGUACAGCUGAAUAUGUAUUUGGAGAGAAAGCACCAGUUGAAGGUGAUACAUUUACUCAGCUUAUAGUGUUGGAUGGCGGACCGCUAUUCAUGACCGGUACAGUUUACUUGUUUAUUGGAAUGGCGGUGUUUUGUAUACUGGUUGCUUCGUGUAUCAUUGGUAUACUAAGAUCCAUCUACUACCACAGUGCAAAGUCCGAACACCUAAGCAUCGAGCUAACUUCAAUGAGUUUAGAAUUAGUCACAGAGUUGAAUGAAGAAGAGAGACAAAAAGAUUUCCUGGCUAAAAUUGAUGACCUUCUAAAAUAA